ACAACAAACUAAGAAGAGAAUUCUUUAGAAAAUUUAAAGCAAGGCAAAUUUUCUAUAAACAAUUCAUUCCAAAAAUAGAUUCCAAAUAUAAAGUACAAAAUAUAUCAUCUACUUCAUUAAAAGAAAAAGUUUAUGAAAUAAAAACAACAAAGAAAAUAAACAAAACUAUAGAGCAGAGAAGUACCUGUGUGUAAUCACUUCCACAAAAAAAUUAGCAACACAAGGUCAUUUCAUUUGCAAUAUCAAUCAUCAUGGAUGACAACGGCAGCCGUAAUUUGUUAAGAAGUCUUAUUAACGCCUCCGAAAAGGCUGCCAACAUUGCUAGAAUCUGCCGCUCCAAUGAACAAUUACUUCAACUGCUGGUGCAGGAGAAAACCGGUGAUGAGGCGAAUGCUAGGUUUGAACAUGAUUUCAAGACCUUGGCUGAUGUUCUCAUCCAGGAAACUAUAAAACAUGAUGUCGGUGGUGAGUUCCCUGAAAUGAAAGAAAAUAUCAAGGGUGAAGAGUCACCGAGCUUUAAAAAUUCUCAAGAUGAAAAUGUGCCAAUUGUGGUGGGGGCAGAUGUAACAGAGACAGUCGAAUGUUUGUUACAAAUUUUACAAGCACAACAUCAAGAAGCAGCCCAUAUUCUAGCCGAAGAAGUUCAUCGUAGUGUGGAAUUUGAUAAAGUACUACAUGAGGAUUUGCCAGAACUACCAAAUGAUGUGGAUUAUAGUCAAUUGGGUAUAUGGAUUGAUCCCAUAGAUGCUACCGCGGAAUAUAUAUCCGGCGAUACAAUUUUCACCAAUUUUCCCGGUAUAACAUCCACUGGCUUGGAUUGUGUUACCGUCCUAAUAGGGGUAUAUGACCUUAAUAGCGGUUUACCUGUCAUUGGCGUUAUUUCCCAACCGUUUCGUAAUAAAAUCGAAGACAAUAUUUAUACAUCUGCUUUAUUUUGGGGUAUAGCAUUACCCGAGUUACAGGCACACAGCAAAAUACUCGAUAACGUACGUGAACGCUCACGUCUUUUGGGUAUUUUUUCGAGUUCAGAACGAGCAGAUUUACUACAGCAAUUGCUAGACUUGGGCUAUGAAUUUGCAUUUUCAGCUGGUGCUGGACAUAAAGCUUUAAAAGUUAUUACCGCUGAAGUGGAUGCGUAUGUAUUGAGUAAAGCUUCUACAUUUAAAUGGGAUACUUGUGCACCCCAAGCUAUAUUACGUUCCUUAAAUGGUGAUAUAAUCGAUUUUAAAACUAGUAUAAAAGAAGGAAAAGCCAUACCAUUGACUUAUACUACCCCUAAUGAGGACACCGAAGGUGGAACGGACAAGGAUUGGAAGUGUAACAGUAAUGGUUUAAUAGCUGUUAGAGAUUUAAAAUUAUUAGAUACCUUAUUAGAGAAAUUAGCUGAAUCUUAAGUUCAAUUAAAUUUUAGAUUUAUCAUAAUGAUGAUAAAUACAUAUAUUCCAAUUAUAAAUUCCUAAUUGUUUUUAAGUUUACUUUAAUUGUUAAACUUAAGUGGAAAAUAAUUUAUAUAAUUGUUUAAAAAUUUAUAAUGAAAAUCAAUUCGAAAUUGAUAAAAAUAUGUUUUGUCUAUGUUUGUUUUACUUUAAACUUAAACUAUAAUUUUUUUGUAAUUAGGAAAAUAAAUCAUUAUCAAAUCAACCUGCCAGACUUACCAGUUUAAGAGUAAAUUAUUUCUGUACUUAAUAUUUUGUAUCUGUUUUUCAUAAAUUUUUGUUUCAACCCGAUAAAAUUGAUUGUUUAAGAAAUUGACCAAUUAUUAAAGCAUGGUUCAUAUGUUCAUAUUUUAUAUGUAUGUAUGUAUGUAUGUAUGUAUGUAUGUAUGUAUGUAUGUACGCAUGUGUUUAAUAUUGAAUAUCCAUGUUUAUGGUAGCUUUAAAUGUUGUUGGUCUGAUACUUGAUAUUAUUCCUAUUGAAAAGUGUAUUUUAAUAAAUAUAUUUAUAAUAAAAAAAUAUAUUAUUGUACAUUUA